ACAACGGCCAAAAUUUCAGAAGAUAACAAAACAAAAACAAAACCCUCCGCCUCCUUCGCCGGUCAGAGCCCUGCUCCGAAUACCCCGGAGCUCUCCGAUCUCACCUCUCUCUCUCUCUCUCUCUCUCUCUCUCUCUCUCUCUUUACGACCUUCUCUCUUUCGACGCGUUCUCCACCACAGGGUCUCCGCUAAAACCUACCCUUAAACCCCUUUCCUCUCCUCUCCCCUCACUGACUUGCUUUCUCUCUCCUCUUCCUCUAAUGGCAAGUGCGAUGGAGAUCGGAGGGGUCACGCGGAUCCGGCCCUCGUCGACGGGCGCAGGAUGGGGCGGGCUCGCCUUCUCGCGGCGGCUGAGCCACGCGUUCUUGGAAGCUGCGGCGGUGAGGCGUGCCGCGGCGGGGCCGCCGCCGCCAUCGGAUUACAGGGGUCUCGCCGUUAGAUCUGUUAAGAGCUCGGAGACGGAAGGGAAGACGAUGACGAGUCUCGGCACGUCCAAUGGCCCCGUGAGUCCGGAAAAGGUUAACCCCGCUCCUGGGCUUGAGUCAUGUGAACUAGCUUUAAAUCCUCGUCGGAAAACAAAGAUAGUCUGCACCAUUGGUCCUUCCACAAAUACACGUGAAAUGAUAUGGAAGUUAGCAGAAGCUGGUAUGAAUGUUGCACGUCUUAAUAUGUCUCAUGGGGAUCACAAAUCACACCAGAAGGUUAUUGAUUUGGUCAAAGAAUACAAUGCCCAAUCAAAUGGCAAUGUUAUCGCCAUAAUGCUGGACACAAAGGGUCCUGAGGUAAGAAGUGGGGAUGUGCCUCAACCUAUCUUGCUCAAGGAGGGUCAAGAGUUCAAUUUCACGAUCAAAAGAGGAGUAACCUCUGAAAAUACUGUUGGAGUAAAUUAUGAUGACUUUGUAAAUGAUGUUGAAGUUGGUGACAUACUCUUGAUUGAUGGUGGUAUGAUGUCACUAGCUGUGAAGUCUAAAACAGCUGAUACAGUCACGUGCGAAGUAGUGGAUGGUGGAGAACUAAAAUCAAGACGGCAUCUGAAUGUGCGUGGCAAAAGUGCUAACUUGCCGUCUAUAACAGAAAAAGACUGGGAAGAUAUCAAAUUUGGUGUCGACAACAAAGUUGACUUUUAUGCUGUUUCAUUUGUUAAAGAUGCCAAAGUGAUACAUGAAUUGAAAGACUAUCUCAAAGGUUGCCAUGCAGAUAUUCAUGUAGUCGCGAAAAUUGAGAGUGCUGAUUCAAUACAAAAUCUACAGUCGAUAAUUUCUGCUUCUGAUGGGGCAAUGGUAGCUCGUGGGGAUCUUGGUGCUGAGCUUCCAAUAGAAGAAGUUCCUUUGCUACAGGAGGAUAUCAUUAGAAGGUGUAGGAGCUCGGAAAAACCAGUUAUUGUAGCAACAAACAUGUUAGAGAGCAUGAUAAACCAUCCAACUCCAACCAGAGCUGAAGUGUCAGAUAUAGCUAUUGCAGUUCGAGAAGGCGCUGAUGCUAUAAUGCUAUCGGGUGAAACUGCUCAUGGAAAGUAUCCAUUGAAAGCUGUUAAAGUGAUGCAUAAUGUGGCGCUGAGAACUGAAUCAACGUCGGCAUCCCAAAUCACUCAACCAAUUCUUGCUAAUACUGUGCAGGCUCUGAGUGAUGGAGAAUUUUCCCAAAGUGUUUUGAGUGAAAUGUUUGCUUCACAUGCAACUACAAUGGCAAACACCCUUGGCAAACCUAUUAUUGUUUUCACACGUACUGGCUCCAUGGCUGUUCUUCUUAGCCACUACCGACCUUAUUCCACAAUAUUUGCAUUCACAAAUGAACAAAGAGUAAAGCAGAGGCUGGCACUCUAUCAUGGUGUGCUGCCUAUAUACAUGGAAUUCUCUAAUGAUGCAGAAGAGACCUUCUCUAGAGCAAUAAACUGUUUGAUGAGUGUAAAAUAUCUAGAAAAGGGAGAUUAUGUCACUCUUGUUCAGAGUGGAGUACACUCGAUUUGGAGACAGGAAUCCACCCAUCACAUCCAAGUCCGCAAAGUCCAAGGUUAACACGUAAUAUCUACACAUUUAGAAGACCUUCUAGAGAGGUGAUUUUAGGUUGCAGGAGCCUAAAUCGCAAUGGAAAAGAUAAGUUGUGCUACCACUGGAUCAGCCCUAUGUUUUGAAUUGUAAGUUUCUAGUUGUUCGAACUUGGCUUUAACCAAGUGUUUAGCAACUGAUUUCGAGAGGAUUGGUGUUGGAUUUACAGUUGAUCAUAAAAUGUUUUAUCUGUCUAUUGCUUCGAGACUUUCCUUGCCGUCAUGUGGUGCUUAAGUUAAACUGUAUAUUAUUUGGGAGAAACUUGUGGAUGAUAA